AUGUCAGUUCGCGGAAAGGAGUUCCCGUCCUUCGUUCAAGAUGCUGGCAAUGGUUACAAGCUCCGGUUACUGCUCCUUUUGGUCGCGUCCGAGUAUAUAGCAGCACUGCAAGAGUUCAUGACCUGGAGCUUCCCGGACACCUGGGCCGCCCUCAAGGCCCAGGUGGCCGAACACGCUCGGCAGUUCAUCCGCUUCCCCGCCACCGUACCGCAGCCGCACCCUUUGCAUGACCCCAGCGCCUUCCGCAUUUGGGCCGCCUUCACGCACUGCUACUUUCACGGCCUGCGUGGGGCCUCGGACAGCAGCAGCAGCAGCAGCAGCACUACCGCCAACAUCAGCAAUGCGGAGGAGCGCAGGGAGGCUACUCGUUGGUUGCAUCGUCUGGUGGGGGAGCGCAGCUGGCAGCUUGAGGGGCCCGUGUACUGCGCCGCGGCGCGGUGGGUGCAGGGCACCUUGGACCGCCUGGAGCCGCUCUUUCCCGGGGUGAAGACCACGUCCGCCGGGGACUGGGCGACGGGCGGGCAGCGCGACGGGCUGCGGCCCCUAGCGAUGCGUGGCGAGAAGAACACACAGGGCCGUUACGUGCCUGUGUAUCCCUUCCACAUGUCGGGCACGUGGAACGGAAACCGCUUGAAGUUCACGCUGCGGAGCCAGCAAGCCCCCCGCAGUGUCACGGGCUGCUGCGGAGUUCCGGGCAACUUUGGCCAGACCAACAACUGCGCACUGGGCUUCCUGGUGCUGGCGGACGUCUGCAUGGCCUUCACUGCGGCGAUGGAAAAGGCCGCCAAACCGGGCUACUGCCUAAACGGGCGAGAGGAGCUCCAAAAAACCAUCAUCCAGGACUUUUACAAUUCCGUGCUGUCCAGCGAUACGGGAAACAUAAAGCCCGACUACUUAUCGUACGGCUUUCCAUCGUACCUGGCAGCAUGUGCACUCGGCUGGAAGCUGGCUUUGGAGCAGGUACCGCUGUGGGGUAACGCUGCAGCGGAGUCGGCGGCGGCGGCGGCCACGAUGGCGGCUGCGGGGGGUCCAUCAGCUGUGGCUGCAGGAGCACAACCCCCCAUGUUGCAACUGCCGAGGGAACUACCGCCCCCCUCUCAGCAGUGGCAGCUGCAGCUGCCAUCGACGCCGUCCCCAGUGCCCCAGAUAUCUCAGCGGCCGCAACAGCAGCCUCAACAGCAGCAGGCGCAGCUGCAUGCGGUGAUGCAGCAGGCUCACGACCAGCAGCAGCAGGCCCAGCCGCCGCCGCAGCAGCAGCAGCAGCAGCAGCAACCGCAGCAUCUUGACCAGGAGGUGCAGCAAGGACUGCAGGGCUAUCUGACCGCCGCGCAACAACCGCACCAGAAUCACCGCCACUGUCAACAGCCCCCGCAGCAUCUUUACGUGCAUCCUUGGCCCUCAGCCGCAGUUGCCGAAGCAGAUGCCACCCGCACCACCAGCUGCCCGGCUGCCCCCGGACUGCAACUUCAAGUCCCUUCCUUACCCUCCGGCGGCUCGGCCACCUCCCUCAACGCCCUGAGUGGGGGCAGCAGCGGGCCCCCUUCUGUGUCGCCCUUUGUGGCCAUGCAGCAGCAGCAGCAGCUGCUGGGCCCUGCAGUGUUCCAGCGCACCUCUCCGCCGCCCUGCGCAGCACAGGGCGGCUUUCACUCCCCGCCUGGUGACCCUCGGGGGGUCACACAACACGCGGUGCUGAGUGGCCAUCAGACCCCACAAGCCCUGUUUGCGGUCACGGACGCCGUGCCGCAUCAUCAUCACCAUCAUCAUCAUCCUCUGCCACAUAGCCCGCUGGUAUUGCAGCCACCAUUCCCGCGGUCCAUGCAUUCGCCGCCGUCGCCUGUCGGCCCGCACCCCGCCGCCCCCGGUGGUGGCGGUGAUGGUGAUGGUGCUGCUGCUGCCGACGGGAUACCGGCGGAUACCGGCGUCACGAGCGGCCUGAGCAACAUGUCCCUGGAUGGCUCUCUAUUGACCUUUGGCGACGCAACCUUGCGGCUGAUAGGCGACGAAGUCGGGGCACAUGCGCCCGGAGGUCUGGCGUAUCUGGACCCGGGAGCUGGGCCGAUCGCCGGCGACGGCGGCUGCUUCAUCGGUGGUGCGGCGGACGCCGGCGCUGAGCUAAUGCCCGGCGCUAUGGACCCUCCCCCCGGGCCGCUGCUGGCCAACGGAGUCCUCCAGCACCUCCACAGUGCACCGCCGGAGGCUUUCCCGAAGCAGCUGAUCCCGACCCGCACCGUCACGACCCUGCUUCAAGUACCGCAGCUCCAGGCGGUGCAACAUGACCAGAUGCAACUGCCCAUGCAGCCGGCAGCAGUAGCGGCACCUGCGGAGCAAGGGUCGAUGCCGAGUACUGCAGCAGCAGCAGCAGCAGCGGCAGCGGCACCAGCUCCCGCAGCUGGCAGUGGUAAUGGCAAAGCAGCCGAGGCCGAGGCUUCAGCCGUGUUAUGUCUUCAGGCGGUUGCGGCAGCGCUGCGGCAGCUUCUGGACUCCCAGGCCCACAGUGCCGCCCCAGCGCCUGCACGAGUGGUGCGGUUGCACCGGGAGGUGACCACGGCGCUGGAGAACUACCACAACCACCCUAAGCAACAUCAUCAUAACCAUAAUCAGCUUCAUGGGCAGCACCAAUUUCAGCAAAUUCAGGAACAGCACCAGGCUCCCGUCGCAGCCACAACAGCCGCUUUUGGCGGGGGCCGAAAGUUACCCGGCAGUGGCCACGCCGCCUCAUCCCGGCUGCCGCUGCCGGUGCCAGCGCCCGGUCCCGGGCCGUUUGGCGGCGCGACUCCCUUCAUUCGGCCUAUUCCGGAGCUCCCCCCUGCAGGUCCGUUCGGCGGUACUGGUGGGGGCGCUCUGACCAUUCCCGGCUUAGCUGCGGGACCGCUGGGGUCAGCUCCGGCUGGGGCAGCUCCGGCCCCCACUCCUGUUCAGCUUGUGCCGCCAUCGCCCUCAGCUGCUGACGCACGCAGCGCACCCGGUCGCGAGCACAAGGUGCCGGCGCUCGGCUCGGGGCCCUGUGUCACAGGGGCCACAGGCGGAGUGGAGUCCCACACAGCGGCAGAGACGUCCGCCCAGAUGGGGUGCAGCAACGUGUUUCACACGGGUGGCGGGACACUGAUUGCGAUGAAGCAGGAAACUCUCACGGCCGCCGCCGUGGGGCCCUUGGGAACCACCACGGGUCAGAUGCCGGCGUUGGCUGGCGUGCCAGCCGAUGGCUGCGUCCAUGUGGACGCAGCUGGCGGAGGUGCCGGUGUCGGCUGGCGGACUCCGAGUGGCAGUUUCGGGCUGCCUCCGUUGUUGGAGCCGGCGGAGGUCCUGGAGGGCGAUAACUCUUUGCUGGAGCUGGCGUCGGGGUUGGCGGGGGGUGGCGGGGGUGCGUCCGGGAUGUCCUGGUCUCGGGGCGGCGGCGCAUCGCUGGCGGACUUGUUGGUGAGCCCCACCGGUAGCGGCCGGGGCGCUGUGGACCGCGGUGAUGGGGGUGACCUGGAUAGCGGUGUCGCAGGAGAGGUUGUUGGGGGUAGUGCGGGUGCCGGUAGUGCGGAUGCCGGUAGUGCGGAUGCGGAUGUGGGUGGGAGAGGUACCACCGGGGGGUGUUAA